AUGGAGGAGAACAGCAAUAGCCCAGCUAAAGGUUGCCGUGUUUAUGUCGGAAAUUUACCAUGGAAAGUUACUUGGCCUGUUUUGAAGACUCAUAUGAAAAAAGCUGGAGAUGUAGUGAGGGUUGAUAUAUUUGAGGACACACAGGGAAGGUCAAAGGGAUGUGGAAUAGUUGAGUAUGCAACAUAUGAAGAGGCGCAGGAGGCCAUAAACAGCCUGAAUGAUUCCAAGCUGGAAGAUCGACUCAUUUUCGUUAGGGAAGAUAGAGAAGAAAAUUCCGGGAAUUAUGAAAAGAGAAGAUUCAACAAUGUAAGGAAAGACAAAUUUUAUGAUCCAAGAAGGAGACGUGACUUUGAUUAUAGAAGAGAUUUUCGAAGAGAUGAUUUUCGAAGGGAUUAUCGUAGAGAUGAAUAUAGAAGAGACUUUAGAAGAGAUUUUCGAAGAGAUGAUUUUAGAAGAAGUGAAUUUAGAAUGUCAAGCAAAAGAAACUGCACAUUAAUUGUUUAUAAUUUACCACCACAAAGUACAUGGAAGGAAUUAAAAGAUUUAUUUAAAAAGCAUGGUCGUGUUGUAAGAGCAGAUUUAAAAAAUGAAGAAACCUCAUCAAAAGAAGUUACUGGAACUGUUAUUAUGGAGAGUGAAUAUGAUGCAAAGAAUGCAAUCGACGCUUUGAAUUUUUGCAACUUUGAUGGGUACAUUUUAAAGGUCAAUUUCGAAAACACAGAAUAG